AUGCCUUCCAUCAACGGUAAUAUGCAGCGUGAUCGUACACCUGGCGUCCAUCCCAGGCGAUAUUUGAUCGAGAAUUGGGUGAGGAAGCAAUUGAAACCGUCCGCGGUCCGAAAUUGCAUUCACGGUCGCGUUUUGUGGUACACGCACCACACGGGGAUCAACUACCUGUGGAGCGAUGCCCACUGCAUCUGUCAAGACACGAUUGAAGGGGCGGACUGCACCGGGCACACUUACUGCGUCGAGACACGAGAGACAAGAUGCCUUGCAAGCCAUGGAUCUAUACCAGGCGAGCUACGUCUUUCGUCCGUUGAGCUGUCCAAGCAAGCAACGCAGCUUUGCCUGGCACUUCGCGGGAUGGAACGAAUUGAUGACGUCCUUCGCAUGGCCGAAAGAUACACGCUUCUAGUUCCAGCUUCAAACUCUAUGACUCCGAGAGUAAUGGCCUAUUUUGAAGCGCGCGGGUUGUCAAAACCAUGA